AUGUCGUCCGGGGGCAAGGAUGGGGGCGGGGGCUCUCCCGCCUACCACCUCCCACACCCACACCCACACCCACCCCAGCACGCCCAAUAUGUGGGCCCCUAUCGGCUGGAGAAGACGCUGGGCAAAGGACAGACAGGUCUGGUUAAACUCGGGGUCCACUGCAUCACGGGCCAGAAGGUGGCCAUCAAGAUCGUGAACCGGGAGAAGCUGUCUGAGUCAGUGCUGAUGAAGGUGGAGCGGGAGAUAGCCAUCCUGAAGCUCAUCGAGCACCCGCACGUCCUCAAACUCCACGACGUCUACGAGAACAAGAAAUAUUUGUACCUGGUUCUGGAGCACGUGUCUGGAGGUGAGCUGUUCGACUACCUGGUAAAGAAGGGGAGACUGACCCCCAAGGAGGCCCGGAAAUUCUUCCGCCAGAUCGUGUCAGCACUGGACUUCUGCCACAGCUAUUCCAUCUGUCACAGAGACCUGAAGCCUGAGAACCUGCUUCUGGACGAGAAAAACAACAUCCGCAUCGCAGACUUCGGCAUGGCAUCCCUGCAAGUGGGGGACAGCCUUCUGGAGACCAGCUGUGGGUCCCCCCACUAUGCGUGCCCGGAGGUGAUUAAGGGCGAGAAGUACGAUGGCCGCCGGGCUGACAUGUGGAGCUGCGGAGUCAUCCUCUUCGCCCUGCUCGUGGGGGCUCUGCCCUUCGACGAUGACAACCUCCGCCAGCUGCUGGAGAAGGUGAAACGGGGCGUCUUCCACAUGCCCCACUUCAUCCCUCCAGACUGCCAGAGCCUGCUGCGGGGGAUGAUCGAAGUGGAGCCCGAGAAAAGGCUCAGCCUGGAGCAAAUUCAGAAACACCCCUGGUACCUGGGCGGGAAACACGAGCCAGAUCCGUGCCUGGAGCCAGCCCCGGGCCGCCGCGUGGCCAUGCGGAGCCUGCCGUCAAACGGAGAGCUGGACCCGGAUGUCCUGGAGAGCAUGGCUUCACUGGGCUGCUUCAGGGACCGCGAGCGGCUGCACCGGGAGCUGCGCAGUGAGGAGGAGAACCAAGAGAAGAUGAUAUACUACCUGCUUUUGGAUCGGAAGGAGCGGUACCCCAGUUGUGAGGAUCAGGACCUGCCUCCCCGGAAUGAUGUUGACCCGCCUCGGAAGCGUGUGGAUUCCCCCAUGCUGAGCCGUCACGGGAAGCGGCGGCCAGAGCGGAAGUCCAUGGAAGUCCUGAGCAUCACAGAUGCUGGGGGUGGUGGCUCCCCAGUGCCCACUCGACGGGCCCUGGAGAUGGCCCAGCACAGCCAGAGAUCCCGUAGUGUCAGUGGAGCCUCCACUGGUCUGUCGUCCAGUCCUCUGAGCAGCCCAAGGGUAAGGCCAGGCCCCAGUGCCCGCUCCACACCCCUGCCCGGCCCCCCAGGCUCCCCGCGCUCCUCUGGGGGGACCCCUUUGCACUCGCCCCUGCACACGCCCCGGGCCAGCCCCACUGGGACCCCAGGGACAACGCCGCCCCCCAGCCCUGGUGGCGGAGUCGGGGGAGCCGCCUGGAGGAGUCGUCUCAACUCCAUCCGCAACAGUUUCCUGGGCUCCCCCCGCUUUCACCGGCGCAAGAUGCAGGUCCCCACUGCCGAGGAGAUGUCCAGUUUGACGCCAGAGUCCUCUCCAGAGCUGGCAAAACGGUCUUGGUUUGGGAACUUCAUCUCCUUGGACAAAGAAGAACAAAUAUUCCUUGUGCUAAAGGAUAAACCUCUCAGCAGCAUCAAAGCGGACAUUGUCCACGCCUUCCUGUCGAUCCCCAGCCUGAGUCACAGCGUGCUGUCACAGACCAGCUUCAGGGCUGAGUACAAGGCCAGCGGUGGCCCCUCCGUCUUCCAGAAGCCCGUCCGCUUCCAGGUGGACAUCAGCUCCUCUGAGGGUCCAGAACCCUCCCCCCGGCGGGACGGCAGCGGUGGUGGUGGCAUCUACUCAGUCACCUUUACACUCAUCUCCGGUCCCAGCCGCCGGUUCAAGCGGGUGGUGGAGACCAUCCAGGCCCAGCUGCUGAGCACACACGACCAGCCGUCCGUACAGGCCUUGGCAGACGAGAAGAACGGCGCCCAGACCCGGCCCGCCGGGACCCCACCCCGAAGCCUGCAGCCCGCGCCCAGCCGCCCAGACCCGGAGCUGACCAGCUCUCCCCGCCGAGGCCCCCCUAAGGACAAGAAGCUCCUGGCCACCAACGGGAGCCCCCUGCCCUGA